GAGAGAGAGAGUACUCUAGAUAUAUAGUUUUACGACAUCUACACAUAAACAACACUUCAAGAAGAGUAAGAGUUUAUUUUGAGCCAAAUAUGAUUGCCUGUGGCUCAAAAACACUGAUUUAAGCCACCCCAAUGACUUGUUCCUCCUUGCAAACAGCGUUUUCCGUUCAAGCAGGUGCACAGUGGGUGGAGAAAGGGGCAGUCGCUAAAUCAGAAUCCUGGGAGGAAACUUUCCCGGUUGCAAACUUAAGGUGGAAGAGCAAACGCCACGGGCUCGCGGCUGCCUGCGCAGCCUCGGGGUCCCCUUCCCUGCCAGCUCCUCCCCUGGUCUUUGCCGACCUUCCGCACCCCUGCCCAGCGCCGCCGCCCGAGCCGACGUGGCGGAGCGCACAGGUCGCGGUCAGGUGGUCGGUGACGCCCGGGACCGGCUCCCGGGAGGGCGGCGCCGACGCCCGGGGUGGGGACUGCGCGGGCGGCCGCGGGCGGAGCGCGGAGCGGCGCGGAGGAGCGCGGCGGGCGGAGCGCCGGGAGCGAGGUGGCUCAGACAUGGACCGUGGCGAGCAAGGGCAGUGGGAGUCCUCCUGUCUCAGCAUCUCUGGUUCUGGGAUUUCAGGUCUGCUGAAGACAGAGCCAGUGGCUGAGGAAGGAGAGGAUGCUGUUGCCAUGCUCAGUGCCCCAGAGACACUCACAGAGGAGGAGCAAGAGGAGCUGAGACGGGAACUUACUAAGGUGGAAGAAGAAAUCCAGACUCUGUCCCAAGUGUUGGCUGCAAAAGAGAAGCAUCUUGCGGAGAUCAAGCGGAAACUUGGGAUCACCUCGCUUCAGGAAUUCAAGCAGAAUAUCGCCAAAGGGUGGCAAGAUGUGACAGCAACCAACGCAUACAAGAAGACAUCGGAAACCCUAUCGCAGGCCGGACAGAAGGCCUCUGCUGCAUUUUCAUCGGUUGGCUCAGUCAUCACCAAAAAGCUGGAAGACGUAAAAUUGCAAGCUUUCUCACAUUCAUUUAGUAUCCGCUCCAUUCAGCAUUCGAUUAGCAUGCCUGCUAUGAGAAACUCUCCAACUUUCAAGUCAUUUGAAGAAAAAGUUGAAAACUUAAAGUCUAAAGUAGGAGGAGCCAAGCCUGCUGGUGGCGACUUUGGAGAAGUCCUGAAUUCCACAGCGAACGCUACCAGUACCACAACCACGGAGCCACCUCCAGAACAGACGACAGAGAGCCCCUGAGCUGCCGACCUGUGUCCUGCUGCCCACUGCCAGGUGCUGCGAGAGCCAAGCACAUCUUGACAACGCUCACGACUGCAGAUUUCUACCAGAUGUGCUUUCAUUUAGCUUUACUUAUUUCUUUGACCAAAUAGUUUGUGAAUGAAACCAAGUGAAACCACCUUCCCCUCCACUCCAGGGAAACGCCCGUUAGCUUGCGGAAGGCCCUUUGUAAAGGAGACAGCACCAUAGCCUCUGGUAGUCCCUGCAGGCAACCACUGUGCUCUUUCAAAUCACUUUCCAUCUGGAGUCUACGUCGAUCUUUCUUUGCUAUGCUUUGAAUCAUUCUUUUUGGAUCUCUGUACACUUAAUCAAUUUCUAACGAAUACUGUCCUUUUCUAAAUUCUGGUUAUUAAAAGUCUUGGAGUUAUUUCAUUACUUUCAAAGGAGAGACUACUAGCUACAUCUUUUUUUUUUCUUUUGGAUAAACAGUUAUAAGAGGACCAUAUCUUGGGUUUCUGAAGACACCAGAGUAAAGUAGACAGGUGUGUGUGCAUGUCAGUAGUUCUGUAAGUGCACAACAUGCAGACACUCAAACUGCCACUGUCGUGAGUGUGGGCACCCACCCCCACCCCCUUGGUAACUGUCACUUGUAGCUGCGUCUACUUCAGUGUAUCGGUUAUUUAUUAUACCAUUCUUAUGCAUUUUUUACAAGUUUAAAAUUUAAUUUUAGGUAAAUUAACAGAAUAGCAUUGUGAGUCAAGUGUGUGAUAUUACAGUAAGUUGGAGUGUUCCCAUACUCUCACUCAUAAUUCUGAAAGUCUAAAAAGUCUUUAGGUCUGUACAACUAUAGAAAUCCCACAAGGCUAUACAACUACAGAAAUGCUAAAAUAAUUCACCUUAGGGGAAACUACUCCCUCCAUUAACUCCAUUUAACACCCUCCAGGAAGCACAGACAGUUGUAUGAGAAAUGCAACUUGAAUGUUUUUUAUACUGAGGUGGUGUUGAUAACUCGGAAGGCUGUGACGCGCUGACACGGAUGAGCUGCUCAUGCUGUACUUCUCGGUGUGUUUGUGACUGUGAACUGCACUGUAGACAUUGUUCCCACUUUGAGAACUGUCGGGCUUGUGAAUCGAAGCUUCCAGAUGUCUCUGCUGAGUUCCUCUAUUAGCUGUGGUUACUACUGACCCACUACCGUUUCCUUUGCUGUGUGUGUUUAUGGCCUGUGAGGUUGUGUCUGUUCUCUAUUGUGCUGGUUUUACCCUUGUUCAUGCCAAAUGUUAAUUGCCAAGCUUGGAGUGACCUAAAGCAUUUCUUAAAAGCAUGACUAGAUUUAACUGAGGAUAAGGUUUCUGCAAACCAGAAUCGAAAAGCCACAGUGACAGUUGUUACAAAAUGACAUGCUGCCAUCCCUGAUUGCUCCUUGGAUGCAAUGGAAACUAUGCUCUAUUAUAUGUGAAAAUCUUAAUAAAGUCUGAGUCUCAGUAGUAUAGGUUUCAAUAUUUAUUAAGUGGACAGUGGUCUGGACAAAGCUUGUAUUCUGAAAUCAACUGGUAUUCUGGAAGCAUUUCCCUAGAGCACUGGAACUGUAGAGAUCUGUCUAUAGAGAAAUAUUGUGAUUAUUCAAUACAAUGAUUUUUCUACCAA